GUGAAGGAGAGGAGAGAGAAGAGGGAGGAAGCAGCUGCGCCUCCUCUCCCAGCACUUGACUUCUGCGCGCUGUUGUUGUGUCAGGAAAAAAAAAAAAAACACCCAAACUCACAGAAACUCGGCGCUCCACGCCGCGUGCGUGCCGACUUUCACGCUCCUCGGAGAUGGAACCCCGCGCCGCACCGUGGACCUGCUGAAUCCCGCUUGGUCGAGGGCGACAACUUUGAAUCGCAAGUCUCCCGACGGAUCUGUGACCUGUCAUCACCUCUCCCAGCGCGAGCGUCUGAGCUCUCGUGUCACUUUGCGCUUCCCGAACCUCCCGAGCAUCCACAAAAAGCACCCGGGGAUCACAGGCUGUGAGAUUAGUGAAGGAUGGGGUUAUCUGAUGCCCCGCUGACCCUGCUGUUUGUCCUGGGCCUCGCCACCGGUGCAUGGAGCCUGAACCCCGAUGACCCCAACGUGUGCAGCCACUGGGAGAGCUACGCUGUGACUGUGCAGGAAUCCUACGCUCACCCAUUCGACCAGAUCUACUACACCCGAUGCACCGACAUCCUCAACUGGUUCAAAUGCACAAGGCACAGGAUCAGCUAUAAGACGGCUUACCGGCGGGGAGUGAGGACCAUGUAUAGGCGCCGCUCGCAGUGUUGCCCUGGUUACUUCGAGAGCGGAGACUUGUGUGUUCCUCUGUGCACAGAGGAGUGCGUCCACGGCCGCUGCGUCUCUCCAGACACAUGCCAGUGCGAGCCCGGAUGGGGGGGACUGGACUGCUCCAGUGCAAACACAGCCAAUGGAACAGGCUGUGAGAGCGACUACUGGGGGCCCCACUGCAGUAACCGGUGCCAGUGCCAAAACGGGGCCAAGUGCAACCCCAUCACCGGCGCCUGCGUCUGCACCGACGGCUACCAGGGCUGGCGCUGCGAGGAGCCCUGCGAGCGCGGCUACUACGGCAAGGUGUGCCAGCUGCCCUGCCAGUGCCUCAACGGCGCCACGUGCAACCACGAGACGGGGGAGUGCGUCUGUGCACCGGGCUACACCGGGGCCUUCUGCGGCGAGCGCUGCCCCUCCGGCAGCCACGGGCCCCAGUGUGAGCAGCGCUGCCCCUGUCAGAACGGAGGAACGUGCCACCACAUCACCGGCGACUGCGCGUGCCCCGCCGGCUGGACGGGUUCGGUCUGCGCUCAGCCCUGUCCUCUGGGAAAGUACGGCAUCAACUGCAGCAAGGACUGCUCCUGUCGGAACGGGGGCCUGUGCGACCACGUCACGGGCCAGUGCCAGUGCGCGGCGGGCUUCAGCGGACGCAGGUGUCAGGAUGACUGUCCUGUGGGCACCUUUGGCUCACAGUGCAACCAGAGGUGCGAAUGCCAGAAUGGAGCCAAGUGCCACCACAUUAACGGCGCCUGUCUGUGUGAAACGGGCUUUAAGGGGCCUAAUUGCCAGGAGAGAUUUUGCCCCCCGGGUCUCUACGGCCUCAUCUGUGACAAGUACUGCCCCUGUAAUAGCACCAACACCGUGAGCUGCCACCCCCUUUCUGGCGAAUGCACCUGCUCUGCAGGAUGGACAGGGCUCUACUGUAAUGAGACCUGUCCGCCCGGGUUCUACGGAGAGGGAUGCAUGCUCCCUUGCAGCUGCACCAACGGAGCCGACUGCCAUCCUGUCACAGGUGCAUGCAUCUGCACCCCAGGGUUCAUGGGCGAAGACUGCUCCGCGGCGUGUCCCCCCGGCCUGUUCGGCCCCAGCUGCAUGUCCACCUGCUCCUGCCACAACCACGCGUCCUGCUCCCCCGCGGACGGCUCCUGCAUCUGCAGGGAGGGCUGGCGGGGUGUGGACUGCUCCAUCCAGUGUUCCAGCGGCACAUGGGGCCUGGGCUGCAAUCAGACAUGCUUAUGCGCCAACGGCGCCGCGUGCGACCCUGUGGACGGCACCUGCACAUGUGCCCCAGGAUGGAGGGGAGAGCGCUGCGACGAGUCGUGCCCCGACGGCACCUUCGGGCUGGAGUGUCGCGAGCGCUGCGACUGCAGCCACGCCGACGGCUGCGACCCAGUGAGUGGAUACUGCCGCUGCUACCCCGGCUGGACAGGAAUCCACUGUGAUAAUGUGUGCCCACAAGGCUUCUGGGGACCCAACUGUUCCGUCAGCUGCUCCUGUCAGAACGGAGGGUCCUGCUCGCCGGAGGACGGCACAUGUGUGUGCGCACCUGGAUACCGAGGGACCUCCUGCAAGCGCGUCUGCUCCCCGGGCUUCUACGGGCACCGCUGCAGCCAGUCGUGUCCCCAGUGCGUGCACAGCACCGGGCCCUGCCACCACGUCACGGGCCACUGCGAGUGCCUGUCCGGCUUCACCGGCCCGCUGUGCAACCAAGUGUGCGCCAGCGGCAGGUACGGGAGGGCCUGCGCCGAGAUCUGCCUCUGCACCAACAACGGCACCUGCAACCCCAUCGACGGCUCCUGCCAGUGCUUCCCCGGCUGGAUCGGGGAGGACUGCUCCCAGGGUACACGCGCUCCUGCCGCCUCCUCAUCGUCUCCACUCCCGCUUCCUCUCUCUCUCUCUCUCUCUCUCUCUCUCUCUCUCUCACACACACACACUUCACACCAUCGCCAUGGCUCCGCACCUCCCGAGAGCUACGUCAGCUACACCGUUGUAAUAUUCUAUUGUGUUCAUUCACAGCACUAUAGGCUGGAGGUCAUUAGCACAGCUUUGAGAUGCCGAGUCAUGGGAGACCUGAUUUGUGUUUCUACUCCAUCAACUACUCAGGCAAAUAUGUGUGCAGACUAUUUAGGCAUUGCCUCCAACCCAUGCGUGCGAUGUGCAAGUGAGUGUGCGCAUGCGUGCAGCCUCCUGAGUUUGACUGUGUCUCUGGCGUCUGCAGCCUGCACAUCUGGGCACUGGGGCCCCGAUUGUCUGAACUCGUGUAACUGUCACAACGGAGCCCAGUGCAGCGUCUACGACGGGGAGUGCAGGUGCAGCCCCGGCUGGACCGGACUCUACUGCACGCAGCGGUGUCCUUCAGGCUUCUAUGGCAGGGACUGCUCUGACGUGUGCCGCUGCCAGAACGGCGCAGACUGUGACCACAUCACCGGCCAGUGCGCCUGCAGAACGGGCUUCAUGGGGACGGGCUGCGAGCAGAAGUGCCCUGCUGGUACAUUCGGAUACGGCUGCCAGCAGCUGUGCGAGUGCUUGAACAACGCUACCUGUGACUACGUGACGGGGACGUGCUACUGCAGCCCGGGCUACAAAGGCAUCCGGUGCGACCAAGCAGCUCUGAUGAUGGAGGAGCUGAACCCGUACACCAAAAUCAGCCCGGCGCGAGGCUCCGAGCGCCAGUCUGCGGGCGCCGUCAUGGGCAUCAUCUUCCUCCUCCUCAUCAUCAUGGCCAUGCUCAGCCUGUUCGUGUGGUACAGACAGAGGCAGCGGGACAAGGGGCAGGAGAUGCAGCCCAGCGUGUCCUACACGCAGGCGCUGCACAUCACCAACACUGACUAUUCGCUGUCUGAGUGCGGGAGUACGGUGGCGAUGAGGACCGGCGCCGCUGAGGCCAACCAGAACCAGAGCAGCGGCAGCGGCGCCGGCGGCCAGUGCUUCUCCAACCCCAGCUACCACACCGUGGCCCAGUGCAACGUGGUCUCCACCAUCUCCAGCAACCUGGACGGCACGCUGACGCUCAAGCCGGGCACCCUGAAGGGCAGGAGCGGCUCGGAGUGGAGGGCCUACUGCAACCUCAGCGACAUAGAUGUUCAACAGGGAGAGACACAAACGCAGAGAGGUUCCAGAAAAGAUUACAUCAAAGGCUCCGUGUGCAGCAACAGCUCCUGUUCCCCGAAUAGUGAGAAUCCAUAUGCCACCAUUAGAGACCCGCCAGGGCUCACUUGCAAGCACACAGAGAGCAGCUAUGUGGAGAUGAAGUCCCCCUCCCACCGCGAAGUGCCCUUUGGAGGCACGGCCACCCUCCUGGGCAGUGCGGGCAGGAGUGCCUAUGAUGCUGAGCCCACCGUCAGCGUGCUGCAGGGGCCCAACGGAAUGGCCACGGGCUUCUCCCAGAGCCCGUACGACCUGCCCCGCGGCGGCCACGUCCCCGGCCACUACGACAUCCUGCCCAUGCGCCACAGCCCCAUGCACGCGUCCCCGCCGCGCCCGGAGAGCCCCAGCUCCCUGCUGUAGGGGGUGGGGGCGUCCCCCGCCCCCACCCGGCCCAGACGUGGAGACGGACGGACGGCUCCUCUGGACGCCGCGCUCUCAGGGUGUUUUCGUGGCCCUGGACGAGGGAGCGGAGGACAGAGCGUCCCACACACCAGCGACCACUCGCCCCUUUUAGUCGCUCCGACUGCCGCCUGUCCUGUUGGUGGAGCACAAAGGCCCCAGCGCUGACGGAGGCCCACUGGGAUCGGGCGGACAGAUUAUUUACAGCGAGAGGAAUUCUCACCCUCAUUUCAUGCCCUCGAUAAAGAUUUACUAUCACAGGGCACCCGAGUGUUUAUAAUAUCCCCGAAAUGGAAGUUAUUUUCUCAGCAGGAUUGGAAGGUGUCGAAACCUUGACCGCGUCAACGGAGGCGAUGGUUUACCGCACACAGACGUCAGAGUUCAUGGCUGGUGACUGUGCAUCGGCUGCAGAGCGCAGCAGCUCAUGCGAGGGGAUCCGCAUCGUCUGAAGUUAUGAGGUGCGAUGGAGCAGGGAGCGCGCGUGGCCGUAGAUAGAAGGACGGUGGAUGCUCACACUGUGCGAUACUAAUGGGAUCCGGCUGAGGCUCAAGCGAUUCCUCACAGUUGCAGAGCAGGCUUGCGGUGUGUGGAGAUGCAUUCAGGUGUGUGUGUUUAUUGCAUUAAUGAGCGUUACACGUGUAUAGUCGGUCUAAAGGUUGGAUUUCUCCCCCCAAUGAUGACGUGAUCAGCUCUUGUUGUUUUCUAUGUGAAACCAUGUUUUUUUUUCUUGCAAACGUCUUAGUUUACAUUUUGAAGUACUUGAUGUGAAGAAGGGAGUUGCUUUGAAUUUUUAUCAUUUAUUAAUAUAGCUAAUUGCUUUAUUCAUAGGUUUUUAUCAGUAGUGGUGACUUUUUAUUAUUGUGACACUAGAAUAAAAAUAAAAGAUGAGCAUGAUCAGAAAAUGGAAACCCACAGAUGUAGAUAACAACACUUAUCUUCUCGUGAGACGAUCCGUGUCAUUUUGUGAACUGUUUUUGAAUUUACCUAAAAUGUUCUUUCUCUCUCGCUGUCAGAAUGUAAAUUUAAAAUAAGGUUUUAAGCCACUGACUCUUGACCCACAAAUAACCUGUGCAGUAUUUAUAAAGGGAACUGAUGUAUUAUUGUAAAAAAAAACUAUUUAAGAAUAUUUUAUGUUUGUAUCAGGCUAAUCACUUUCUUUAUUUAUUGAACUGAAUUUAUUCAUUCACUAUGUGAAUUCCAUUUCAUCCUCUGUAGAAGCAAUAACAUGUUGACAAUCGAUCAGCAUUUCAUUAGUGCUGGACAUGUUGCCAUCUCUGGCCAGUGUGGUGAUAUGUUACGUGACUUUUUGUUUCCUGAGGAAGGUUUCUCCAGUUGCUGUCAUUCCAUUUCUGCUUGUCGUUUUCAUACACAUGUUUUAAAUUAAAAGCCUAUUCUGCCAUCAUGAA